GACAGAGGAAGUGCAUACACUACAGACUGCUCUACAGGACAGGGCUGGGCUGGGCUGGGCUGGAGAGAGCGAGAGUGUAGCACCGCAUCUGGAGGUCGGGCCAGUGGAAAAGCUAAACCGACCGGAGAGAGAGUGAGAGAGAGCGAGGGAGCAGCGCUCGCCCCUGAGAGACUCCACCACAGCCAGCGGACUGAGCGGACCGACGCUUUUCUGGACGAGCAGCGAGCAAAUGGCUCUCAUUCCCCCGCCCUCGCUGCGCUUCUUCUGCGUCCUCGCCAGCCUGGUCUGCCAGGCGGGGGCCGCCCGGUCCUGGGAACAGCAGACCACGGUGCUGAAAGUGUGCGGAAAAGGAUAUUUCCUCAGCGAAUUAAACAACUGCCUGCCAUGCAACUGCAAAGGUCAUUCCGACAGCUGUGAAGACAUCACUGGGAUUUGUAUAAACUGCAGGGACCACACCACAGGAGAUUUCUGCGAGAGAUGCCAGGAUAGUUUCCUCCCAGAUACCUCCCCAGAGGGGCAUCACAUCUGCCGACCCUGCGCCUGCCCUAUUUCACACCCCUCAAACAACUUUGCGGUGCACUGUGAUAAGAGGGGCAGAUCCCUGCGCUGCAUGUGCCAGGAAGGCUACGCAGGACACUACUGUGAAAGAUGUGCUCCUGGUUAUUACGGGAACCCCAUGAUAGUUGGCGACUCCUGCAAGAAGUGCGACUGCAAUGGCAACUCCGACCCCAACCUCAUCAUCAACGAGUGCCACAACAAGACGGGCCACUGCCUGAAGUGCUGGGACAACACUGCUGGAGCCAACUGCGAGAAGUGCGCCCCGGGUUUUUAUGGAGACGCCAUCAGUGCCAAGAACUGCAGAGAGUGCCGAUGCAAUAAGUGUGGCACGAUGUCAUGUGACGACCGGACAGGAGUGUGUCACUGCAAGCCUGGGGUGACUGGCCCACUGUGUGACCAGUGUGAGGAAGGCUACUCUGGUUUCAGCAGCUGCCGGGGUUGCCGGAGGUGUGAGUGCAGCAUGGCCUCUCUGCAACCGAUCUGCCACUACCUCACUCAGAGCUGCCUCUGCCGCCCGGGGGCCGGAGGCCGGUACUGCGAGCGAUGCCAGCCCAGCCACUGGAACUACGGGCCCUCGGGCUGCCAGAGCUGUGAUUGUGAUGGCGGGCCCUGUGACAUGCUCACUGGGGAGUGUUUGCCGGAACCUUCCAUCAUCCCACAGGACAACGUCUGCAACAUCAGUUGUAAUGAGUGCAUAUGGUACCUCAUUGGUGACAUAAGGCAGUCCAACAAGACACUGGAUGAGCUCAAACUCAGUGUAAUUAACAUCUCCACUGGAGCUGCUGCCAAUGACCGCCUGAAGUACUACAACUACACUGCCCAGCGACUGCAGACUCAGUUUGUGGGGUGGAGAAAUAAAUCGCAGAAGAUGAGAGCCCAGACAGGUGAACUGGAGGCAGCCACAGCUGCUCUAGUGUUUGACAUGAAUCGACUCGGAAAGAAGGAGACCAAAUUGAAGACUCUGAGAGAUUCGGUGGAUGCAGGCUCCCUGCAGAGCUACAAUCUGGCCGAUGAGCUGGCCACAAAUCUGACCACACUCAACAUUGUGAUAGAGGAGAUGAUCAGUGAUUGGGAGCGUUACAGUGUGCACCAGGACGUGGACCCUGACGUGGUCAGCCAGAAGACGGCUCAGGCGGAGAACAUGGUGAGGAGGAUGAGGAAACUGGACCUGUCCCAGAAAGAGCCCAUCACAACUGACGAGUCGGCUGAAGCUCAUGAGGUCUACAGACGUGUCCGUCAGAUGGAGAAGAAGCUGGUCAGCACCAAGGGACGUCUCGCCCCUGUGCGAGAACGCUUCUCUGAGUACAGCAGCAAGCUGUCCGACGCCAAAGACCUCCUCCAGAAGGCCACGAGCACCGUCCGUCAGACUGUGGGCAAGAACAGAGCCAACUUUGUCAAAUUCCUCAACAGUGAGACCCAGAGAGAGGCACAGAUAAACAAAUUUGGGGACGUGAAUGACAUCUUGCAGACAGCCAGAGACUUCAUCAACGAAACCGAGGGCAUAUCUGCUGAUAUGGAUGACCUGGUCAAGAAUGUGUCAAAAUACCACGCCGCGAUUGAUGGAGCUGGCAGGCUACUGACAGAGAAAACACAGAACCUGUCCCUCGCCGACAGGGAGCUCGUCCAGAGAGCCACUGGCCACGCCCAGCAACUGAAGAGACUGGCAGACAAACUGGAGCUGAAUCUGAAACACAAUGAUGCCAAUGGAUAUGUGCAGAAGGCCAUUGACGCAUCCAAUGUGUAUGACAACAUUAUCAAGUACAUCGAUGAAGCCAACAUCACUUCACUGACAACCAUUGAGUUAUCCACUAGAGCUGAUGAUGCCAUCUCUGGAAUCAACACACAGCGUGGCUUCUUGAAAGCACAGAGUGACAAAUUCUUCAAGGAGUCUGUCAGCCUGCACUCAGACCAAAUUGGGGUGGACUCUACUGUCCUUGACACCACUAAAUAUUUGGAGGAGACACAAGAGACAAUGGCUGAUGCUAAGAAAAAACUGACGAAUAUUGUGAAUGAUUUAAGCGCACUUGAAAAAGGUAGGACAACGCAGCGUCUGCAGUUCACCAAAGAGGUGGCGGAGAGCACCCUGAACCACUCCAUCGAGGUCCUGCAGGAAGUCAACCCCAUGAAGGAGCGGGUGGAGCUGUGGUCCAGCAACAUGAACAACAACGAGUACUCCGCCGCUGCCUACGACCAAGCCGUCAUGUCCGCCGGAGAAGCAGUGAGCAACUUGUCAGAGCUGGUCCCAGAACUGUUGGACAAGCUUCGGGUGGUGGAGGAGAAGACGCCUGUUAAUAACGUGUCCACCAACAUCAUGCGCAUUCGAGAACUCAUCGCCCAGGCCCGGAGUGUGGCCAAGAAGGUCCAAGUGUCGAUGAAGUUCAAUGGUCAGUCUGCGGUGGAGCUGCAGCCACACAGCAAUCUCGAGGAGCUGAAGACGGUCACCUCCCUCAGCCUGUUCAUGAAGGUGGACACUGACAACCAGCCCACGCCGGACCGCUUCGUCUUCUACCUGGGGGACAGAAAUGGAGCUAAAGACUACAUGGGCCUUGCCAUAAAGAAUGACCACCUGGUGUACGUCUACAAUCUGGGGGGCGAGGAUGUGGAAAUCUCCCUGAGCUCCAAGCCUGUCAGCACGUGGCCCCCCUUCUUCAAUCUGGUCAAAGUGGAGAGGCUCGGGAAACAUGGCAAACUGUUUCUGACCGUGCCCAGCCUCAGUAGCACAGCCGAGCAGAAGUUCAUCCAAAAGGGGGCGGCCCACGGCACCGACUCCCUGUUCGACCUGGACCCCAAGAACUCGGUGUUCUACAUGGGCGGCGUCCCUCCGGAUAUCAGGCUGCCCGCCACACUGAACCUGCCCGCUUUCAAGGGCUGCAUCGAGAUGGCCUCCAUGAACAACGACGUCAUCAGCCUGUAUAACUUCAAGCAGACCCACAAAAUGAACGUCAUUACCGAUUCGCCUUGUCCCAGGUACAAACUGGCUUUCUCACAGAGCCGCGUGGCCAGCUACAUGUUCGAUGGCAAAGGCUACGCGCUUGUCAACAACAUUGAGCGCAGAGGGAAGUUUGGCAUCGUCACCAGGUUUGACAUUGAAGUGCGAACGGUGGCAAACAAUGGUAUCCUCUUCCUGAUGGUCAAAGGGGACAAUCACUUCAUACUGGAGCUACAUAAUGGAUUCCUGCGUCUCAUGUAUGACUUUGGGUUCAGCAGCGGUCCAGUUGUAAUGGACAGCAAAUUACCAAAAUUGCAGAUCAAUGAUGCCAGAUACCAUGAGGUGUCCAUAAUUUAUCACCAUUCAAAGAAGGUCAUCUUAUUGGUGGACAGAAGUCAUGUCAAAUCAAUGGAAAAUGAGAAGAAAACGUUGCCCUUCUCAGAUAUUUACAUUGGAGGGGCACCCUCAAGCAUUUUACUCUCCAGGCCAGACCUCUCCUCCCUGGUGGGGCUGAAGGGCUGUGUGAAGGGCUUCCAGUUCCAGAAGAAUGACUUCAACCUGCUGGAGGAGCCAGGGACUAUUGGAAUCAGCAGUGGCUGCCCAGAGGAGUCCUUUAUGUCCCGCAAAGCUUACUUCAUUGGAGACGGUUUUCUGGGAUCCUCAGCGAAGAUAUCUCCCUUUGAUACAUUCGAGGGAGGCCUCAACUUCCGAACACUGGAGCCUAAUGGUCUACUCUUCUACCACAAUGAAGGGUCUGAUGAGUUCUCCAUCUCACUGGAGAAUGGAGCAGUCGUGCUGAACUCCAGGAGUACCAAGGUGAAGACCCACAAGAAGCACUACAACGACGGACGUACCCAUUUCCUGGUGGCCUCAGUGACUAAGCAAAAAUAUCAACUGGUAAUCGAUGACAAGGACAAACAAGAGAAGAAUCACGCGGCCUCGUCUCAAUCCUCCAUCACUUCACCCAAGACCUUCUAUUUCGGAGGCUCCCCCAGUAGCACCAUCAGGAACUUCACGGGCUGCAUCAGCUACGCCUACAUCAGCAGGCAGGACAGGGACAUCGAGCCAGAGGACUUCCAGAGGUACUCACAGAACGUGCAGGCCUCCCUUCAGGACUGUCCUGUGGAGGGGCGUCUGGCAGCACUGCACGCGAAACAGGGCAGGAACUCCUCCAAAUCCAAGCAGGGACAUUCCAGGAAGGUGAGCAGAGAUAAGUCUAGUGUCCCAGAAGCCCCAGUAGGUCUGAAGAUUGACCCACUGGAGCAACCCGAGAUCGAGGCCACGCCUUGUUACCUUUCCCAGAAGCCUCAGGCUGCCCGCAAUGCCUACCACUAUGGAGGCACCAGCAACAGUCGACAGGAGUACGUGGACAUCCCAGAAUCCUUCAGUGAAAGGUCCCACUUCUCCCUCUCUCUGAAGACAAACUCCUCCUUUGGCCUCAUCUUCUAUGUGUCGGACGAGGCCGAGGACAACUACAUGGCUCUCUUCCUGGCCCAUGGGAAACUGGUGUACACUUUCAAUGUCGGAAGCCACAAAAUCAAGAUGAAAAGCCAGGAGAAAUAUAACGAUGGAAUGUGGCACAAUGUUAUUUUUACCCGCGACGGGAACGUGGGGCGAUUAAUUAUUGACGGUCUGAAAGUGCUGGAGGACCGGGUGCACGGUGCCAAUGCCUCGUGGCAUGUGAGCAGCCCCCUCUAUUUGGGCGGAGUCCCCCCCGGAAAGGCCCAGAAAAACAUCCAGAGAAGCUCUGUGUACAGCUUCAUCGGCUGUGUGGGGAACGGGCAGCUCGACGGCCAGUGGCUGUCCUCCGUGUCACAGACCUUUGGGGUUACCCCCUGCUUUGAGGGGCCCUCGGAGCCCGGGUCCUACUUCUCAGAGGAGGGCGGAUAUGUCGUAUUGGACGACUCUUUCAACCUGGGGCUGAAGUUUGAGCUAGUGCUGGAGGUGCGCCCUCGUGUGGUGUCUGGGGUGCUACUGCAUGUCUACACUGCUGAGCGAGAGUACGUCAGCAUGUACAUUCACCAAGGAGAGGUUGUGGUUCUGGUCAACAAUGGAGUCCGUGAGUUUUCCACACGCGUGUCUCCAAGACAGGGUAUCUGUGACGGUAGCUGGCACAGAAUCACAGUGAUCCGAGAUUCCAACGUUGUGCAACUUGAUGUGGACUCGGAGGUGAACCAUGUCGUGGGUCCCCUCAAUCCCCAGGCAGUGGACACGAGGACCCCUGUGUUUAUCGGUGGAGCCCCAGCAUCCCUGAUUCCACAAAGUCUACCCACCAGCAGGCCCUACACGGGCUGCAUGAGGAACCUGGCUGUCAACAAUACCCCAGUUAGCUUCAGCAAAGCUGCCCUAGUCAGUGGGGCAGUCAGUGUGGGCUCCUGUCCAGCAGCCUAACACUGGGCUUAGGGCAACACUCACACCACAGCUCCAGAGCCAGCCCAGAGUCAGAAUCACCAUGCCAUGUCACUUCUGUACCAAUAAAAAAAAGCAUGAAAUCAAAUUGUCACUCUUUCUUGGCUGUACCAAUGUAUUUACUAAUAUCUAUUAUCCCUGUCACUGUUUUGAUUAAGAAUGAAAUGGGGAAUUUAUUCCAGGUCGGUAAACAAUCAUGUAUCUUUUUUUAACCUUGGGAGUUCUGUUAUAUGUCAUUUGAUUUGGAUAAAGGAAUAAAUGCAAUAUAUGUUUUAUUGCUCUGAACAUUAGUGUUAUGCUGAGGUUUCACCAAUAAAAUACAUUUGCAUAUGUGUCAUGCUUGUAAAAAAAAACUUAAUUACCCACAGUAGUAGCUGAAUUAUGCACUACUUAAUCCCCACACAAACGUUUUUGUUUUUUUUUACAUAUUUUCAUUUAACAUUUAUGAAGAAAUUGGUCUUUCCUUUUGAUUAAAACAACAAAGAAAUACUCCAACAUUCCCUUAAAUCAUAGCCUCAGGAAAAGACUUCCUACUACGAGACUAUGCAUUCAAGUUUCAUGAUUAUUGCUGCUUUAUAGUCUCAAAAAUAUGCGUUCUAUGCAAAUAAGUAAUGAUGUGUUUGCUUUUUUUAAAACCUUUUUUUCUGCAGAUUAAAUUGAAUACUGUAA